UUCCGUGAACCGCGGUGAGGGUGGGGUGGUGUCCACGGGGCCCAAGGCAGGGUGGGACUGGGCUAAGCGCACCUGAGCUCGCGGGACACGGCGGCUUGGGCUCCCUCUGCCAUGGCCCCCGCGCUCAGGUCCUUGCUGUCGCCACGGACUUUUCUGCUGCUGCUGCUGAGCCUGGCGCUGCUGGGCGCCCGCGCCGAGCCCGCCACCGGGAGCGCUGUCCCCGCGCAGAGCCGCCCGUGCGUGGAUUGCCACGCAUUUGAAUUCAUGCAGCGCGCCCUUCAGGACCUACGGAAAACCGCCUACAGCCUGGACGCACGGGGUUGUGUAUCCAUAAACCAGGACCUCCAGUGAGAGAUGAGCCCAGAGUAAGAAGAAACUGAGGCUGUGGCACAGAGGCUAUGGUGUGUGAGAAAAGGAAAGCUAAGUUGGACCAGAGAUCUGGGUGUUUGUCCUGGAGUCUUAGGUCCUCAGAGGUUGGGUGAACUUGGACCUCUCAAUCCCUGGGGCAUAGCCAAGGGAGUUGACCUAGUACUGAGAAUUGUUGGAAGCAGGAGGAGGGGAAGAUCCCACCUGCACGGUCAGAGGGGUACUUCCCACAGCACAGUGGUGUCUCUCCCCACUUCUCAGAGAGCAGGCAUCCACUCCUUUGUGGAUUGUGGGGUGAGAGUCUAUGAGGG